UUCCCUUCCUGUGGUCGUGACGUGUCCUCAGAGUCUGCGCAGCUGAUUUCCGUCUGCGCGGAGUCCUAGAAUAUUCGAAGUCAGAAACCCCGAGCGCGUACAAUUCGUUCCGGCCGCCGGGAAACCAGACACACUGUACUUUACCCAGACUGAGGGGACGGGGGACGAUGAGCUAAACACCGUAGGAAGAUGUUUGUAGCCCACACAAGGGGGGAAGGGAGCUAUCCUAUCGUGAAAAAUCGGUAACUGCCACCAACAUGGAUCAACAGGCACUUUUGGGGCUGAACCCCAAUGCAGAUGCCAACUUCAGGCAGAGGGCUUUGGCUUACUUUGAACAGCUGAAAGAUUCUCAAGAUGCCUGGCACGUGUGUGCAGAAGCCUUGGCUAAAGGCAUAUACAGCGAUGACCAUGUCAAGUUUUUCUGCUUCCAGGUUCUGGAGCAUCAGAUUAAAUUCAGAUACGCCAUGCUGACAGCAGUCCAACAGCAGCUGGUCAGAGAGACUCUGAUGACUUGGCUUCAGUCUCAGCUCAUGAAUGCCCAACCUGAAAAAACUUUCAUUCGCAACAAAGCCGCCCAGGUCUUCGCCUUGAUGUUUGUGACGGAGUAUCUCACCAAAUGGCCCAAGUUCUUCUUCGAUAUCCUGACGGUGGUCGGGCUGAACCCGCGCGGAGUGGACCUCUACCUGAGAACGCUAAUGGCCAUCGAUGCUGAAGUCGUGGAUCGAGACAUCGUUCAUACAGCAGAGACGUGUUCUCUUUACCUUCAGGAGACGCGUAGAAACACUUUAAUCAAAGACACUAUGAGGGAGCAGUGCAUUCCCAGCCUGGUGGAGUCCUGGUACGAGAUCCUGCACACCUAUCAGCACAGCAACUCGGAGCUCACCUGUCAGUGCCUGGAGGUAGUGGGGGCCUUCGUCUCCUGGAUCGACCUCAGUCUCAUCGCCAAUGACAGGUUUGUGAACAUGCUGCUGGGUCACAUGUCGGUGGAGGUGCUGCGGGAGGAGGCCUGUGACUGCCUGUUUGAGAUCGUCAACAAAGGGAUGGACCCCAUCGACAAAACCAAGCUGGUAGAGUCGCUGUGUCAGGUGCUGCAAGCAGCCGGCCUCUUCAGCAUUCAACAGGAGGAAGACGUGGAUUUUCUGUCCCGGUUUUCCAAGCUGGUGAACGGGAUGGGCCAGUCUCUGAUAAUCAGCUGGAGCAGGCUGGUGAAGGUGUCAGAUAUGAAGGGCGCGCAGGACACCCUGCAGGCCAUCGAGUCCAAGGGGCCUCUGAUGCUGCAGCUGCUGGCGCACGAGGAUGAUGACAUCUCCUCCAACAUCAUCGGCUUCUGUUACGACUACCUGCACAUCCUGAAACAGCUUCCGAUGCUGACAGACCAACAGAAAAGCAAUGUUGAGGCAAUCAUGUUGGCCGUCAUUAAAAAACUGACUUACGACGAUGAAUACAAUUUUGAAAGCGAGGGGGAAGAUGAGGCGAUGUUUGUGGAGUACAGGAAGCAGCUGAAAUUACUGCUGGAUCGACUGGCACAGGUCUCUCCAGAGCUUUUAUUAGAGGCUGUCCGCAGAGUGUUCAACACAGCAAUACAGAGCUGGCAGUGCACUGCGUUCAUGGAGGUGGAGGUAGCGAUCCGACUACUCUACAUGCUGGGGGAGGCUCUCCCUGCCUCGCACGGGGCUCACUUCUGUGGGGACAUCGCCAAGGCCAGCGCCCUGCAGGACAUGAUGAGAACGCUGGUAACCUCGGGUGUCAGCGAGUAUCGGCACACGUCUGUGGUGCUGGAAUUCUUUGAAACGGUGGUGCGAUACGACAAGUUUUUCAUUGUGGAGCCCCAGCACAUUCCACAUGUUUUGAUGGCAUUUCUAGAUCACCGGGGCUUGCGACACAGCAGCCCCAAAGUACGAAGCCGGACGUCGUAUCUGUUCUCCAGAUUUGUCAAGACAUUGCACAAACACAUGAGUGCCUUCAUCGAGGAUAUCCUGAGCAGAAUCCAGGACCUGCUGGAGCUGUCUCCUCCUGAGAACGGUUUCCAGGCCUUGCUGUCCAAUGACGACCAGCUGUUUAUUUUUGAAGCGGCUGGGGUGCUGAUCGUCAACAGUGAGUACACUGCAGAGCGGAAGCAGGCCCUGAUGAAGAACCUGCUCACCCCGCUGAUGGAGAAGUUCACAAUCUUACUGGACAAGCUGCCCAUGGAGCAGGACGAGGGGAGGCAGGCCGCGCUGGCAGACUGUCUGAACCACGCGGUGGGCUUCGCCAGUCGAACCAGCAAGGCGUUCAGCAACAAGCAGACCGUGAAGCAGUGCGGCUGCUCGGAGGUGUACCGCGACUGCCUGCAGACCUUCCUGCCGGCUCUCAGCUGCCCCGUGCAGAAGGAGGUCCUGAGGAGCGGGGUGCGCACCUUCCUGCACAGGAUGAUCAUCUGCCUGGAGGAGGAGGUGCUGCCCUUCAUCCCCUCCGCCUCUGAGCACAUGCUCAAAGACUGCGAGGCCAAGGACCUGCAGGAGUUCAUACCGCUCCUCAACCAGAUCACUGCCAAGUUCAAGGCCCAGGUGUCCCCCUUCCUGCAGCAGGUCUUCAUGCCUCUGGUUCAGGCGAUCUUCGAGGUGCUGGCCCGGCCUGCCGAGGAGAACGAUCAGAACGCCGCUCUGGAGAAGCAGAUGCUGCGGAGGAGCUACUUCGCCUUCCUGCAGACGGUCGCAGGCAGCGGCAUGAGUGAGAUCAUUGGCAACCAGGGAGUAGAGAACGUGGAACGGGUUUUGUUCACCAUCAUCCAAGGAGCUGUUGACUUCCCCGAUCCUAUUGCUCAGAAAACCUGCUUCAUCAUCCUUUCCAAACUGGUUGAGCUUUGGGGUGGGAAGGAUGGACUGGUCGGUUUUGCAGAUUUCAUCUACAAACACAUGGUGCCAGCUUGCUUCCUGGCACCGCUGAAGCCCACCUUUGAUUUGGCUGAUGCUCAGACUGUCCUGGCUUUGUCGGAGUGUGCAGUGACUUUGAAAACUAUUCAUCUUAAAAGGGGACCAGAAUGUAUUCAGUACCUUCAGCAAGAAUACCUGCCUUCACUGCAAGUAGCUCCUGAGAUCAUCCAGGAAUUUUGUCAAGCACUUCAGCAGCCGGAUUCAAAAGUUUUUAAGAAUUACCUAAAGAUAUUCUUUCAACGAGCGAAACCCUAAACUGGACUGUGUUGGGAUGUGGACCCUGUGAAUGAAGACUGCAGAGACCUUGCUGGAUCAGAGGUUUAUUAGAGGAGAUGCCCAUAGUAAUCAAGCCCAUAGUUUAUGUUUAAGCGUCAGUAUGGUGCAGAUAAACACAGACUGCUUUCUGUAGUUCUCCGUUCCUGGGAGACUCGAUCCUGGCCAGCUGCAGCUGAGCAACCCUGCCACUCUGUUACCUUGUAUGUGCAUUCUAAAGAGCAGCUGUAAGGAACAGAUGAUUCUGUUAAAGCAAGCAGAGAAUGACUAAAUGUUAAAUAAAAAAAUAAAAUAAAAAGGGGGGGAUGUAAACUCUGCCAAAAACAUGUAAAUUUAAAAAUAAGUGCUAUCCUUAAUUUCAAAGGAGCGAUCGUUUGAUACAUGUAGAUUUGAACUACAGCACAGAAAAACAAAUGCAGAUGGUUGCAGAAUUUCUGUAAUACAAGGGUAGACAUUCGGGUUCUGCAACACUUUUUGUAACAAUGUAUUUUACGUAGUGAAGAUUUUCAAAAUCAUCGUCUCAACAGCUGAAGAUGAAUUGCAGGUGAAUUGUAAGUAUGCACGGCUGUAUUCUGCCUUGCUUGUGUACAGGAAGGAGCUGGUAUUCUGUAGUUAAGGUAACAUGCAUGCCCUUAAGCUCCAGGUAUACUGGUUCUGGGCUAUAAAGAUCUAGAUCUGUUCAUUAUCGACGUCACAAACGGAAUGGAGAUCAGUUAUGAGGGGACUGUCCAGAUUAAAGCAUAGUCAAGUGAUUUCUAUUUAAUUUAGAAUGUAUGACCGCAAGAGGCCAGUGAUACUUUUUUUUUGUAAAUUUUUUUUUUUAUGUUUGUAAACUUUCCCUGGGUUUUGAAGUACUCUAGAAACAGCCUAGGAAAAAGACUCCUGAAUACUACUAUGGGUUUUAUUUUCAGUUUUUUAGUUUCUUUUAUCGUUUAAAAUCUGCAAAUAAACACGUUUAAACAUGUUGA